UUUUCCAAAUGGUACUUGUGCCCCAAGUUCAACUCCAUGCCAAAUCGAACACUAUAUAUAGGGACAUGAAAAUAAAUUCAUCAUCUUUCAUCGAUUCCUCUAUUCUUAGUUUUUUUUUUUUUUCUCAAUUUGCUUAGCCCACAACUACACGAAUAAAGAUGAAGAGAGAGGGUCGUCAACAUGGAAUGGUGAGGUCUUAUCGGAUCCUACCAAGUUCACUUAACCCGAGACCCGAUACCCGAAUAGUCACCCGGUUUGAUUCUCUUCCCACUGCUGGAUUAUUCGUUAAGGUGUCAUCUAAGCCCACCAAUCACUCCAAGUUCACCGGAAAGUGUGGCACACCACGUUGUACCGGUUGCCACCUCCACCCAGCUUGCAAGUCAAAGGGUAAAACCAAAGGUUCUCAAAAGCACAAACUUUGGCGGGUCAUAGAUGAACCCGAUUCAGAUUUCUUUGGGUUGUCGGAAGAUGAUUGUGAUUGGGAGAAGAAAGAUGAUAACAAAUUCACGUCUUCUGAAAAGGGGGUUUCAUUUCGGAUGGAUCAAGUUCAAGAAGAAAAAGAAGAAGAUUGGCUUUUGGUGGAACCUUGUUUGUGAUCGAUUAUGUUGUUCUUUUGUGUUGAAGUUGUUCUUUAGUUUAUAUUACAGUUACUUGAAUGAAAGAAUCAGGGAGGCGGAUCUACUUGAAUUUGAAUGGAAUGAUGUAAUAAAGAUCCAAUUUAUUGAAACACCGAAUGUACAAUUUGUGUUUAUGAGUGGCAUUUGCGGACAAGUGUUGAAUGUCUCAAAA